ACGAGAACUCGGAGUAGAUUAGGUUCUCGCGAGGACUUGAUCCGAUUAAGGAGGAAGAGGAAGCGAGCGUGUUGUGUUUGUGUUGUUUGGGUUUUGUUUUCCGUACACAAAAAUGGGGAUUGUGUACGUAUGCUUUUUGGGGUUCUUUGGGGUUUUGGCCGGGGCGUCGUCGGACGUGUUCGACAGCGUUUUGGGAAGCACGCUGUCUUGCCAUCGCUCUUGUGAAAUGACGUAUACUCUACACACGUACCCGCAAGAAGAGGAACUCUACGCUUGUCAGCGAGGCUGUCGGUUGUUCUCUAUUUGCCAGUUUGUUCGUGACAGUAAAGACUUGAAUCGUACCACGGCCGACUGUCAGUCAACCUGUCAAGAAGCCUACACCCAAGUUAACGAGCAGUACGCAUGCAACCUUGGCUGCCACAACCAGCUCCCUUUUGCUGAGCGACGCAAUGAACAGCUUGAAGCAAUGGUGCCAAGGAUUCACCUGCUGCACCCGCUGAUGUUUGCGCGGGACUUGUGGGAGGACGUGAUGAGUCAGGCGCACAGCAUCAUCACGUCAACAUGGACCCUUUAUCUCCAGGCCGACGACGGCAAAGUAGUCAUUUUACAGUUUGAAACAGAGAAAGAGGAUGACUCCCCCGAAGUGCAAAAGACGCUCUCUGAUGCGAACAGCCCCGUCUACAAAGACUACGAGCGUACGCUCAUCCAAGAGCGGGAUCGCGAUAUGAGCGCUGACCGCAGCUCUGAUGAUUACAACUUCUUCAGCUGCCUCUCAAGGAACCCUUGGCUGCCAGGCUGGAUUUUCACCACCACCUUGGUACUGUCUGUAUUGGUCCUCGUCUGGAUCUGCUGUGCCACCGUGGCCACCGCCGUGGACCAGUAUGUGCCCGCUGAGAAAUUGAGCAUCUACGGUGACAGGGAUUUCUUCGCAGAGCAGAAGCUCAUUCCGUACUCGCCGUCCUCCCUGUUCAUCAUCACCUCCAAAGGGCAAGGAGAAGUAAGCGAAGAAGCCGGGCCCCUUCCUUCCAAAGUAAAUAUUGGCCAGUCAGAUGUGUAAAAAGAAAAAGUGGUGAGGUAACAACUCGUGUGCUUGCAUUGUAAGAGAAAUAAAAUAUUUCUCUAAUUAAUUCUUCAUGCCCCUUGCAAUGCUUUUCAAAUGGUUGCAUUAUGGUACUGUCAUGCCAGUACUACAGAACUGUUUUGACCACCAACCAGCCCGCCCCCUUCCCUAAUUUUUGUUCGCGCUUGGUGACUGUGCUUAUUUUUAUUUUAGGCUUCUUUUGAGGUGAUUUCAUUCAGACACUGAAAACUUUUUUGGGGAAAUGACAUGCAAUGUGCUGGCCAAACUAACUCCCUGUUUGUUCUUGCCUUCUGACUGCCGUAAUCUGCAGUUGGCAGAGUUAAACAAUAAAAACGAUUUGCUCUUAA